GGGCAGCGGGCACGGGGCAGCGUUUGCUGGCUGGCCGCUCCGCCCGCUGCUCCUGCCGUCGCCGGGGUAGAGGAGGGGGCGGCGGCUGCUUCUUCUCUCGCUCUGCCGUUUCCGGCCGGGAUGCUGGAGCAGCCAGGAGGAGGAGUCGGCGCCGUCGGGGAGCCCAGCUGCCCCGGGAGGGCCGGAGGAGAGCGCAGCUCCUCACGCAUGGAGAGGCCGCCGAGGGCCCGGCUCGCCGGCCGGGCGCCCCUCCUGCCCCUCGGGCUGCCGCUGGUCCUGCCGCUGCUGCUGCUCUUCUCCUGGGCCGGCGGGGCUGCGCGGGAGCUGAGUCCCCGCGGGAGGAACGUCUGUCCGGCGGCGGGGUCCUCUGGAUUUGUUUGCUGCCCAGGAUGGAGACAGCAAGAGGAGGAAUGCCCAAUAGCCGUCUGCGAGGGCAACUUCACCUGCACCAACAACGAGGUGUGUGUGAGGCCCAACGAAUGUCGCUGUCGCCAUGGCUAUUUUGGGGCCAACUGCGAAACCAAGUGUCCCCGCCUCUUUUGGGGCCCGGAUUGCAAAGAGCUAUGCAACUGCUACCCCAACGGGCAGUGUGAGGACGUGACGGGCCAGUGCACAUGCAAUGCCAACCGCUGGGGCCAGCGGUGCGAGAACGUCUGCCUGUGCAAACAUGGCAAAUGUGACCAGAAGACGGGCAAGUGUUCCUGCGAGCCGAACUGGUGGGGGCCCCAGUGUGCCAACGCCUGCUACUGCAGCCUCAACUCGCAGUGCGACCAGAAGACGGGCAUCUGCCUCUGCCAGCCGGGCUGGUGGGGGCGCACCUGCAACAACCAGUGCGCCUGCAGCACCUCGCCCUGCGAGCAGUUCACGGGACGCUGCCAGUGCCGCAGCCGCACCUUUGGUCCCCGUUGCGACCGUUACUGCCAGUGUCACAUGGGGAAGUGCAACCAGGUGGACGGGACCUGCACCUGCGAGCCAGGCUACCGGGGGAAGUUCUGCCGCGAGGCCUGUCCGGCCGGCUUCUACGGACAAGGCUGCAGGCGACGGUGCGGUCAGUGCAAGGAGCUCCAGCCGUGUACAAUUGUGGAUGGCCGUUGCCUGGCCUGCGAAGCCGGUUGGAAUGGAACCAAGUGUGACCAGAUCUGCUCCCCGGGCUUUUACGGAGAGGGCUGUGAGCAGAUCUGCCCUCCCUGUAAGGAUGGCCACACCUGCAAUCAUAUCAAUGGGAAAUGUUCCCACUGCAAUCCAGGCUGGAUCGGAGACAGGUGCGAGACCAAAUGCCGCAACGGGACGUACGGUGAGAACUGUGCCUUCGUCUGCAGCAGCUGUUUUAACGGGGAGUGCCACUUUGAGACCGGGAGGUGCCUCUGCCAGGCCGGGUUCCAUGGGACGUUCUGCAACCUGACCUGCCCAACUGGCCAUUACGGGGCAAACUGUGCCGAGCUGUGCAACUGCCACGAGGACUCCUGCAACCCCUUCACCGGCAUGUGCCACAUGGAGGCCAAUCAGCGGAUGGGAGUCAUUGGUGCCGGAGUCCUCCUGAUCUUCCUGCUCUGCCUUCUCCUCUCGCUGUUGUCCUGCUGUUGCAUUUGCCGCAAGAAGGAUCAGGCCCGGGACAUACGCCAGGACUUGGCUCGUAAAAAAUCUUCAAGGCGCCUUUGCGGACAGUUCAGCCAAAUCAGCUUGAAGCUGCCCCGGAUCCCCCUUCGCCGUCAGAAGUUGCCAAAAGUUGUAGUGGCUCAUCAUGACUUGGAGAACACCCUGAACUGCAGCUUCAUUGAACCUCCUUCUGUGGUCGAUCAGCCGUCACCCUCCUGGUCGUCCAGGGGCUCCUUCUCUUCCUUCGAUACCACAGACGAAGGACCCGUCUACUGCGUGCCCCACGAAGAGAGCGACCACAAGGAGCGCGUCUCGGCCCCGAGCAGCACCCUGGAGAAGGCGCCGCAGCCGCUGCGCAAGGGCCCGGCGGCGGCGGCGGCGGCGGAGGAGGCGGCGGAGGCGGGCGAGUACACCGUCCUGAAGGAGAGCGCCCCGGGCCCGGCGGACGGCGGCGAGGCGCCCCUGCUCAAGUCCUCGGACAGCGAGCGCUCCUCCUGCGGCUCGGGCUCGGUCAGCGGCGCGCUCUACGCCCGCAUCGCGCGCCUCUCCAAGCAGUCCCGGGAGGAGGAGGAGGCGGCCCCGGCCAAGCCGCCCUCCCCGGAGCGGGCCAAGCCGCCCCCGCCGGACCCCUCCACCAAGCCCAAGGUCUCCUGGAUCCACCACAAGUACAACGCGGCCCAGAGCAACUCCCUGCCGGCCGAGCGCCGGCCCGGCCCCUCCAAGCGCAAGCGGAGCCCCGGCGAGGCCGCGCGGGCCAAGGAAAGGGCGCCCAAGCCCCCGCAGGAGCCCGAGGCCCAGCCCAGGCAGCGCAGCCGGACCGGCCCGGAGCCCGCCGAGAACCUCAACGGCGCCCUGCACGCCGCGCUCAAGAGGCCGGCGCCCCCGGCCGCGCCCCGCAGCCCCGCGCAGCCCAAAGCGCCGCCCGGCUUCUCCUCCGAGGCCGCCACGCUGCUGGCGGCGCAGCUGAAGGAAAAGACGCAGAGCCUCCAGCGGGGCGAGGCGGGCGCGCGGCCCAACGGCAUGAGCCCCCUCCCGGCCCAGCGGGAGAAGCCGGCGCCCCCGCAGAAGGCCAAGCAGGCGGCCGCCCCCGCCGGGCAGAAGGCCGGCAAGCCGCUCCUGCCCACCUCCGCCCCGCUGCAGAAACUGCUGGGGCCCGGCGCCCCCGCCGCCGCCCCCGCCGAGCCCAAGAGCGGGGAGAAGCAGAGCGGCGGCAGCCCCGAGGCGACCCCCGCGCCCGGAGAGCCCGCCGUCAAGAAGACGCCCAUCAAGAAGCCGCCGCGCAAGAAGGGCCGGGAGGGGGCCGCCAGCCCCCCGCAGACUGUCCAGUAGGGCCGGGCGGGGGAAGCGGAGAGCCCGGCCCAAAGAGGGCCACAGCCUCUCUCUGGAUGGCUGGGCUUCCCUGGGAUGGGUCGAGGGGCUUUCGGGGAGC